GGAGCUCCGGUGCGGAGAAGCCGUCGAGCUCCAAAGAGGAAACGAAGCGUCCGCGCCGCCUCGUCAUUAAGGAGGAAGAGGAGGAGGUUGAUGUCAACAACUUUGCACUGACCACCGUCUUGGAGGGGGGUCGUCGUUACGGUCCGGGAUCGCCGCCGCACAAUUUCUUAGCUCCUCUGUCAGACGGUGACGACGCGGAAAGUCCUUUGAGGAGCGCUGCAGGUGGGGAUGGCGCCAACAGACCUUUGACUCACUUUCAAAAGAAGACAACUCUUCGCAACAAGGGAACUUCACACUCGCGUCAUCAAAAAUUCAUCUGCACUGUUUGCGGCAAACAAUUGGCUCACCAUUCGCUAUUCAUUAUACACACGAGAAAACACACCGGGGAAAAACCCUUUGUUUGCUCAGUUUGUGGUAAAGCUUUCGUUCAAAAGGGCCAUCUUGCGCCACACAUGUUGACGCACACGGGAGAAAAACCUUUUAGUUGUUCCGUUUGCGGUGUGCGCUUUAGUCAAAAGUGCGGUUUGAAUCAACAUUUGCGAAGACACAAAAGGAAAUAGAACUUUGACAACGGUCCGCUUUUUAAAAAGCGCUCUUCUGAAGAGAAAUGUUACAUUGUGCUGCACACUACAAAUCACUGUUGCCAUUGACGCUGUAUUAGAACUCGCCGUCACUGUUUUCAGGCGUCGUGGUCCAUAUAGUUACAUAGAAAAUGUACAAAAAUAGUAUCUAACAUUUGUACAUAGCAAGAGUAAUGUGACUGUGAAUGUUUUUCUUGUCUAUAAAGACGAUUUGUAUUCUUUGCUUUUGGCUCAAUCAGUCAGUGCCGCCGCAAGAUGGAGGCUGUUUGACGUACCGUCGUAACAGUACCAGCGAUGUACGCCAUGGCACCAACGAAGAAGAAAAAGGCGGAAGUUAGAAAAAUAGUCGAAAAGCCGCCGCCGCAGCGGCUAACCUAAACGGGGCAGGGAGGGGACAGAAAACAUUAAAAUGUUGAAAGAGUUGGUGAGGGAGCGACUCAUUGCGGCCGCCGAAGAGAUCUACGCGCUUUUCCAAACCGCCGUGGCGUCGUACGAGGAGCAACUUUGUCGAGCUAGAGAAGAGAACGCCCGACUACGACGACAACUGGAGGCUGAGCAGGCGGUGCUGCGCGUCCAAGACGGCCCCGCGCAGCUAAUGGGCCAAGUGCACCAACAAGAAGUUCCACAGUUUGGGAUUUCCCGUGUGGUGCGGUCGCCCUCUUACGUCAAAGGCCAAGCGGCAGGACUGCAGCCCUUCCACGUUAAGGAUGAGGAAGGGGAGACUGACGGCAGCCAUUUGCCCCCGACCGCCAUUUCCGUUAAGAGCGAAGGCGACCGGGAGCCGCCAGAGUCCAAUCGCGGCGGCGACGAGGCCGACGGCCACGCCCAAGAGAUUUUGACGACGCCCUCGGGACGCCGAGGUGACGGCGCGAACGCCAGCGUCGGCCCCUUCGCUUGCUCAGUUUGCCAUCAAAUCUUCCCGUGUCAGGGUAGUUUGGAGGUCCAUGCGCCGAGCCACGCCGGAGGGAAAGCCUUUCCCUGCUCCGUUUGCGGUAAAAACUUCUCCAAAAAGUCCAACUUGGUGUCGCACGUGAGGAUCCACUCGGGGGAGAAACCCUUCAGCUGCUCGGCGUGCGGCAAAGGCUUCGCCCAGAAGAUCUCGCUGGUGGCACACGAGAGGACGCACACGGGGGAGAAGCCCUUCGCCUGCCCCGUGUGCGCCAAGUCCUUCUUCCACAAGCCCAACAUGGUGGCGCACCGGAAGACGCACGCGGGGGAAAAACCCUACGGCUGCUCCGUUUGCGGCGCCGCCUUCUUCCGCAAGGAGAGCAUGGCGUCGCACGCCCGGACGCACACGGGGGAGAAGCCCUUCGUCUGCCCGCUGUGCGGGAAGAGCUUCUCGCACAAGCCCAACAUGGUGGCGCACCGGAAGACGCACACGGGGGAGAAAGCCUUCGCUUGCGGCGUUUGCGCCAAGACCUUCACGCACAAGGCCAACGUGGCGCUGCACAUGAGGACGCACAGCGGGGAGAAGCCCUUCGCUUGCUCGCUCUGCGGGAAACGCUUCACGCAAAAGGCGCACGUGGAGUCGCACUCGAGGACGCACGCGGGGGAGAAGGCGUCGGCGUGCUCGCUUUGAGGCGAAAGCUUCAUUCGCCCCAUUUUCUGUGUCUUUUCAAAUGUCAUUUUACAAAAAAAAACAAACAAAAAAACAAGACGUUUAGAAAGGAGGCGCGACAAUGACAUGAGUGACAAUUGUCUGAUGCUUGUUCAUUUUCUUUUUUAAUAUCAACACAUCAAAACUUGCAAUCGCUCUCAAAAUAAAAGGAUAAAUAUCUUCUUACGGCACUCAAAACAAAAACAAGGCAGCAAGAGAGCAGGCAUGCAAAAAGAAGAAAAAAAUAAGUUGAUGGUGGUGGUGGGGUUUUUUUCUUUUUCAGUUGGAGAACAAAAAGGUGACAAACUAGGCCUGACGCCCGCUAAAGUGAGCUGGAGUGCUGCAAGAAAACAAACGGCUAUUUGUUCAACUCAAAGGCAAGGUUUCCCAAACUCAAAAUGUCCAUUCGUGUCGACAUUUACGCUCAUCAACAUGCCACACGACUGCUAUGACAAUAAGCGGCAAGCCAUUAAAAAAAAAAAAAACUCAAAAUGUCGCCCAGAAUGUUAAAGGAUGAGUUUGUAAAUAUUACAGGUUAAAAUAUUUGUCUUGUAAAAAUGGGGCAACUUUUUUCAUCCGAUACCCCAAAAAAUAUCUAUAUUAUAAAAUUAGGAAGAGUAUUUGUUUUCAAAAAGUCAGCAUAAUAAAGUUAAUGUUUUGAUCAGGUUGUGUAUAGUACUGUGAACAGAAGUUGUACUAUUACAAAGUCAUUUUUCCCUUAAAAAAUACGGUAAAAAGCUUGUCUGUUAUUACAAGAAAAAAUAAUUGGACGCUUAUGGAAAUGGUGUCAGAAUAUUAUGGAAUAACGUAGAAGUUUGCAUCUUUUUUCAGAUUCUUUUUUGAAAGCAUGUGAUGUGUGUGAUUAUCGAUGUGCCGUAUUUUGCAAGAAAUAGUCCAAAAAACCCCCAAAAAAGUAAAGAUACAGGGAAAUAGAUAGUCCUAAAAUUGCAAUAAAGUCACCAAACUUUGAGAAUGAAAUCAGAGCUAAUUGUGAAUUAUGAAAAGUUUGCAUUUUUUUAGUUUUACACACAUUAGUUGUAUUUUUAGAAAAAAAAAUCAUGUCAUCAAAUGACAAUAGCUGUAAUGCAUUGUAAAAGUCUGACUUUUUGACCUAUUAAUGUGGUAUUUUGCAUUUUUCUUUUUUUUUUGGCGGGGGGUGAUGUAAUGAUAAAACCUACUCUAAGUUUAAGGUUCAUCUCCUUUUAGAAAUAGGUAGCCAAGUGCAAUAUGCAUUAUUACAAGAAAGUAUGUCAAGCGGACAAAAAAAGUCAAAAAUGUGGUUCCUCGCUGAAAAGCAAAUCUAAUAGACAUGAUGUACUUCUGUCAGAUCAUGGAAAUGAAUAAUAAACAACAUACAUGACUAUGCUAUGAUAACACCCUGCCAAGACCCAAAGUGGCCCACUGAGCCUUAGUUUGGGAAACCCUGCUCUUUGGAAAAUUAAAAAAAAAAUAAAAUCAAA